UGAAGAUGAUGUUUUACACAAGAGUCUCAGUGCUGCUCCUGCUGACAUUUCCAGCUGUCAUCCCUGAAGUUGUAGAUUUCAGUAGGUGUAGCGGGUUUUUCUUUGAAGGAAAGUCUCCUGUGAUAACUGACAUUCUGGAGAAUUCAAAAUCCCAGAAGGAUGAAUACAAAACGAUCUGUCAAAAAUAUAAAAGCGUUUACAGAUUUGCAACACUUUUCGACACAACAAACAGGAUUCCAGUUUUCUCAGCCUACACAGUCACUGUGGAUAGACAGAUUGAGAGACCAGACAGUACAUGGAUGAACGAGCCUCAGCUCGAAGUGUCCAGUGGUGAGAUGGGCAUGCCAUAUGAAAAUCAAGCCACAGAUGAAGACAUUGAUGAAAAUAACAGUGAUAAUGUGAAUCGCGGUCACUUGUUUCCCAGCUGUCAUUCAGGUGAUGAAGUCAUCGCUCGUUCUACAUUCACAUAUACCAACACUGUGCCACAGAAGAUCAGCUUCAACGGCGGCAGCUGGAAGCGCAUGGAAAUAGACACCAUACAGUUUAUGGCUUUACACUGCCGUGACAAAAGUGGCAAAAACGUUUUGGCCCAUGUGUUGACAGGAGCUGUGCCUGGCAAACAUCUACUAAAAUAUAGAGUGAACAUCCCAUCAUUCAUGUGGAUGACAUUCUGCUGCUAUAACAAUAAGUCACCGUUCUCUAAAGCAUACUGGGCUCCAAACGAAGAUGAAUAUAACGACAAUUUAACAAUCACAGGAAUAACCCUGCAGGAAUUACAGAAAAAUCUGAUUAAUAAUAACAUUAAAGUCACACAACUAUUUGACAAAGACUGUACAUAAAAUAAAUGUUUACAUUUUGCCACAAGUAAAGAUACAGAAGCAGAAAUAAAACAAUAUAUUUUUUCUGUUUGAUUAGAGACUUCUGUCAAACAUUUUAUGCUCUUCUUGCAUCACCUUACAGCCAGCUUUCAACUUAAACAUUUACCAAAGCUUCGUAGCACACGAACAGUUAAUAUAGUUUCAACAAAUAUGCUGCAAAAAGUAUAAACAGUAUAGAAAGUAACUGGUUGAAAAUAUGUCUGUAUGUUAAGAAAUGGGAUUGUGUGUAUACUGUGUGCCCUUUCUGCAAUAAAGUUUGAAAACUGCAACAAUA